AUGAACGGCCACGCAAACGUGCAGUCCGAGUCGCGCUUCGACGUCGUCAUCGUCGGCGCGGGCAUCUCCGGCAUCAACGCCGCCUAUCGUCUGCAGGAACGCCUGCCCGGUCUCAGCUAUGCUAUUCUCGAGGCCCGCGAUGACCUAGGCGGGACCUGGGAUCUAUUCAAGUACCCCGGUAUCCGAUCCGAUUCCGAUCUGUUCACCUUUGGCUUCGCGUUCAACCCGUGGAACCGCAGCAACCCCAUUGCGGAGGGCGCCGCCAUCAAGACGUACGUGCGGGACACCGCGGAGAAGUUCGGUAUCGAUAAGCACAUUCGCUACCGGACCAAGCUGCAAUCGGCCGACUGGUCGAGUAAGGAGCAUACCUGGGCCCUGAACGUGGACGCCGAUGGAAAAUCCAAGACGCUGACCACGCGCUACGUGAUCUUCGGCACGGGCUACUACAACUACAACCAGCCUCUGGAAGCCAAGAUCUCCGGUCUGGAGAACUUCAAGGGCCAGAUCAUCCACCCUCAAUUCUGGCCCGAGGACCUCGACUACGCCAACAAGAAGGUCGUCAUCAUCGGCAGUGGAGCCACGGCCAUUACUCUGCUCCCCAACAUGGCCGAAAAGGCCCAGCGCGUCACCAUGCUCCAGCGCAGUCCGACCUACAUCUUGUCUCUCCCCAACCGCAGCGCCAGCCGCUGGCUAGCCUACAUCCUACCCACCUCCGUGUACCAGCGCUUGCAGCGCGUGAUCUGGAUCAUCACCACUCGCAUCUUCUUCGUCUUCUGCCAGCGCUUCCCCAACUUCUCCCGCUGGAUCCUCCGGCAAACCGUCACCCGCCAACUGCCCGGUCACAUCCCUUACGACCCGCACUUCAAGCCCAGCUACAACCCCUGGGAUCAGCGGUUGUGUGUCUCUCCCGAUGGAGACUUCUUCCAGUGUCUGCGUAAAGGCAAGGCCGACGUUUGCACGGAUACCAUCAAGACGGUUACGAAGAAGGGUAUCGCCCUGAACUCGGGCAACUCCCUUGACGCCGAUAUCAUCGUUACCGCGACCGGUCUGAAGUUGCAGAUUGCCGGUGGCGCCACCCUGACCGUUGACGGAGAGAAGCUCGAUGUCGGGUCCAAGUACAUCUGGAACGGCGUCAUGCUGCAGGACCUGCCCAAUGCCGCCUUCGUCAUCGGCUACACCAACGCUUCAUGGACCUUGGGCGCCGAUGCGACCGCCCAAUUCGUUACCAGAUUGGUCAAGGAGAUGGAGUCCCGCAAGCUCAUCGCAGCCACACCCCGCCUCAAGUCCUCUCAGGCCGGCACCCUCCUGGAGCGACCCCUGCUCAACCUCAAGUCGACCUAUAUCAAUGUUGCCCAGCGCACUCUCCCGAUGGCUGCCGAUCAGGCGCCCUGGCAGGCGCGUGACAACUACUCCAAGGAUAUGAAAUUCGCCCUGAAGGGUGACAUUGACACCGGGCUGGAGUUUGUGCAGGGUCCGAGCUUCCGUCUUCGUCCCGUGGUGCAGUAG